AAAAAAUAAAAAUAAAAAAAAAAAAGAAUUUUUUUUUAAAAAAAAAGCAAUUUAUAAAUUACAUUACACAAAGAAACGUGUAAAAAUUAAACGCUGAGAUAAUGGCCAUAGUUAAUAAUUAGAUAGACACACAGACAGACCAUCAGAAGCAUCUCUCUCUCACUCACCCUGUGCGACUGACUGAGAGAGAUAUCGAUGGAUGGACAACUCCUUGAUUCUAAUUAGUUUUACGUAUAUAUAAAUAAACCUUUAAUUCUCUUCUUCUUUUAAUUGUUACAUACUUCCUUCCUUCCUUCUUAAUAGACUUUUACUUUAUUUAUUCCUUUUAUUAUCCUCAUCCUUACAGAGUUUAAUAUUCCAACUACAAUUAUUAUAAACUUAUAGAUUUUACUCACACACACACACACAUCAAUAUGACAAUUCAAAAACAACCAGCUAUCUUUUACGUCAAUGCCGCCUUAUUCGAUUGUGAUGGUACUUUAGUCAAUUCAACUGGUGCCAUCAGUCAAUUCUGGAGACAUUUCGGUGAAACUAGACCUCAUGUUGAUCCUGAAGAAAUUAUUAGAACCAGUCAUGGUGUACGUACUUUUGAUGUCAUUGCUAAAUUUUCUCCUGAAGAUGCUAAAGAACCUCAAGUUACUGAAUGGGAAGGUUCAAUUCCUGAUUCAUUUGGUGCUUUUGCUAAACCAAUUCCUGGAGCUGUUGAAUUAGUUAAAUCAUUUGAUAAAUUUUCAAAAACUAAAACCGAAAAUGGUAAACAAAGAUGGGCCAUUGUUACUUCUGGUACUAUGCCAUUAGCUACUAAAUGGUUGAAAUUAUUAACCAUUGAACAACCAGAUGUUUUCGUUACUGCUGAAAGAGUUACUAAAGGUAAACCAAAUCCUCAAGGUUAUCAAUUAGCUAGAGAUACUUUAGGUUAUAAUGAUCCAUCCAAAAAAGUGGUGGUUUUCGAAGAUGCACCUGCUGGUAUAACUGCUGGUAAAGGGGCUGGUGCUUUUAUUGUUGGUAUUUGUUCAACUUAUGAUCCUGAAAAAGUUAAAAGAUCAGGAGCUGAUAUUGUUGUUGAUGAUUUAUCAUCAUUUGAAAUUGAAUCUUAUAAUCCUGAAACUGAUGAAUUUAAAGUGGUGGUUAAGAAAUAUCAUUAUGCUGAUCCAAGAUUUUUAGAAACUGUCUAAAUUAACUAUUAACUUAAUCUGUUAAUUCAGCUAUCUUUUAAUCUUAAUCAUUCUAUCUCAUCAUUCUCUUAUCUUGUACAUUAGUUAGUAUUUUAUCAAAUAUUAUAAAUCAUAUCAUAUCAUAUCAUAUUGUUUAACUACAAAUUUUAUAGACUGGGUCGACUUCUUUUUUUUAUACUAUUAUAAUAUAUAAUCAACCAAAAUAUUAUUAUUUAU